ACAAAGAGCGGUGUUUACCCAGUGUUUCCGUUUGGAGUGGGAAAAGGCUUCCUUGUGUACUGUGACAUGGUGACGCAGGGUGGUGGAUGGCUGGUGUUCCAAAGACGACAAGACGGCUCUGUUAACUUCUAUCAUAACUGGGAGACUUACACUGAUGGGUUUGGUAACCUUUACGGGGAGUUCUGGUUGGGGUUGCAGAAGAUUCACCUCCUGACCUCUCAGGCGCACUUUGAACUCCUCGUGAAUAUGAGAAGCUACACCAACGGAACGGGUUACGCUUCCUACAGCAGAUUCCGUGUGGCAGACGAGUCUAAAAACUUCCGGCUCUUACUGGGCACGUUCAAAGGGAAUGCCGGUGACUCCAUGGCUUACCACAACGGCUUGGAGUUCUCCACAUAUGACCAUGAUAAUGACUACAGCAAGGGGAACUGUGCUACGACAUAUCAUGGGGCAUGGUGGUACAAUAAUUGUUAUUACAGUAAUCUUAAUGGGCUGUAUGUUCAUGUGAAGGAGAAGUCCACAGUAGCUCCUUCGUCAGUCACGUGGUACAAAUGGUCGUCUAAACAUCUCCCUCUUCAGUUCAGCGAGAUGAAGAUACGCCCGGUGAAAAUAUACUACAUAGACGAUACUCGUGAUUGUUUAUAA